ACUGGUGACUGUCACUCGGCGUCUUCAGAGGGACCCGGGACUCGACACCUUUCUAUCGUCAAGGGAUCUUAAUUAUAGAGUCUCCAAUAUGAGGACGGUUUGUUUGGGGUUGGUGCUUUUAGUAUCAGUUGCCAGUGCGCAGCUGUCAUUGAGGAGAUUUCCUUCUGCCUUGCGUCUAGGUGAUAUAGAUGACAAUCCCUAUACACUGCGAGGACCUUUCGCGAGAGGUAUUCGUCGCGCACCAAGGCUCAUCAACCCGCUACGCUUGGACGACGACAACGACUGGUUACGUUCCGGGUCACUGCUCAGAAGAACCAGAUCACCCCUAGUCCGAAGAGGACAAUUAGCUACCAGGGGGCUCACGAGAGGGCUAAGAAGAGGUUUAUACUUGGAUGACGACAGUGACAAUUGGUACACUUCAGUGAUGAACAGAGGAAGGAGGCUAGCAAGAGGAGGCCUGUUUGGCAGAAUGAGAGGAGAUGAUGAUGACAACUGGGCCACUUCGGUGAUGAACAGAGGAAGGAGGCUAUCAAGAGGAGGCAUGUUUGGCAGAAUGAGACGAGACGAUGAUGACAACUGGGCCACUUCGGUGAUGAACAGAGGAAGGAGGCUAGCAAGAGACGGCCUGUUUGGCAGAAUGAGAGGAGAUGAUGAUGACAACUGGGCCACCUCGGUGAUGAACAGAGGAAGGAGGCUAGCAAGAGGAGGCCUGUUUGGCAGAAUGAGAGGAGAUGAUGAUGACAACUGGGCCACCUCGGUGAUGAACAGAGGAAGGAGGCUAGCAAGAGGAGGCCCGCUUGGCGGACUUACAGGAGAUGAUGAUGAUAAUGAUUGGAGAUCUCCUUUCUCCAGAUCAAGAGGUGCCAUGGGCAGAAUGUUCCGUAAUCCUUGGAUGAACAACGACGACGACAAUUGGAGCCGACCCGACAGGCUUGGGUUGAGAUCUCUAGGUCUCGGACGAACCUCGCUCAGCCAAAGAUUUGGAUCAGUUGAUGACGACAAUAAUUAUGAAAAUAUGUUCGGACGAGGAGCAUUGAGCAAUGGUCUGCAAGGGCUGAGAAAUGCUGCAGCGACAUUGCGACUUGACAAUAACGAUGACAAUGCAAUAAGUCCCCUCCUUCCUACGCCACAGCUUAGCCUCGACGACGAUGAUGACGACAGAUUCAGUAGUCUCAGUUCUCUUCGCUCAUCGCUUGGCGGUCCACUUGGAGGUCGCCGCUUUUUUUAGAACAUUGAAAAUAAAUAUGGAUAUGGACACCAUAUCAGCCAUGCUUUAUGUGACUUAUUUUUUAAAGUAUGAAUAGAUUUAGUAUUUUGAAAAAAAGUAACUAAUUGUCAAAUUUAUCAAAAUUUGUAGAUGGGUUGCAUCUAGUGAUGAAACGUUUAACAGGUUUUAUACUAUGUCCCGAGUUUUU